CUAACCUUGCUUUGUAUCCUUCACCUCCCAAACAGGUUGGGUGAGCCCUUACAGCCUGCCUUGAAGCUAGCUGCUGUAAAGCACCAGACGGGGAAAGCUGAGCACAGAAUCAGCUGUCAUGGGUUUAGUGGGCACCGAUACUAAGCUGAAAUAUGUGCAUUUAAUUUUGCUGCUGUUGGUGACCGGUGUAAUUAUUAUGGGACUGAUCUACUUGAAUGAAACAUCUCAAAGAGUCCAACUGCAGCAAAAGGUUUUAUUUAUGGAAAAGCAAGCACACCAUAUAGUGGCUGAACGGUCUAUAAUACGAGCAAGAGCAAAUAAUUUACAAGGGGUGGUAGAAAACCAGAAGAAUGAUAUCAAACACAUGCAAGAAAUCUAUAAUUCACAGUUAGAAGAACAAAGACAAGAAUUCUCAAAGCAAAAGAACGACCUACAAAAUACAAUCUCCACACAGGAAGAGAUCAUCAUAAAUCUAGAACGUGAUUAUGAGCUUUUAAAGAAGCGUUUUGACUCACUGAACUUGCAAAUGGAGGAGUUUGAAAAGACUCAGUCGAGACUGUUAGAAAAAUUUUCCACCCAGUCGACACAAUGCAUGAAAGUCAUCAAUUUGGUUAGCGAACUUUGUAAUGAAAAAAACAGCAACAAAUCAAGAAAUUUUUUGGUAUCAAGUUCCACCAAUGGUAUUUUCUUGAAGAGGAUUACAGUGGGAGAAGAAAUGAACAGUACUCAAGGGAUAUUUCUAAUACCAAAUGCCAGUUUCACUUAUAGCACUGAGAAGCCAGGCAGCGUUGAAGCACCAGGCAAGAACACAAAAAAACAUUUCACAGAAAUUUUAGGUGACAAUAACACUACAGCCCAUCUUAAAACAUUUGAAAACUCUACCCAGAUGCCUUCAACAGAUAGAGAACAAGAUAAGGAAAACAAUAUAAGUGCUAUAUUUGACAAAAGGCUGACUGAGGACAUCCUAGAAGAAGAAAAUGAAAAAAACACAGACACUGGCAAGCAGACACUGGAUGCAAAAACUGUGUCCAAAGGGAACGAGGACUAUGCAGAACUCAAUGACAGUUUGGAAGAGGAUGAGGAUAUCAUGACACUCCUACUACAGGAGGAAAAGGAUCAAAACAUGGAAAGUCCUGGAGAUCUUCAAACAGAAAAUAGGAAUGAAUUUAUUAAGGUUUUGGACACUGCAUCAGAUCACAGGAACAUCACAAAGGUACAGGAAAGGCAUGCAACUCAGCCAAGGGCACAAAUGAUGCAAUUUUCAAAUACUAAAACAAAUGUAAGUUCUAAAGAGAACAAGACAGAUAACACGAAUGCUAUGGUGUCAAAGCAGGAAGCUGCUGCUCAAGAAACAAAUAAAUCCAAAGCAGUGGCCUUGAAAAAUGAAACUUCACAAGUAAAAGUGAAUGCAAAAGCAACAAACAAUAUUUAUAAGCUGUUUCAAUCCAUGGAGAGCAGUCAUUCUGCAAAAUUAAACAGCUUAAAACAGACUGAUAGUCAAAUAAAUAGCACAAUCCCAAAUUUAGUUCCAAAACCAACAACAAAUGUGAUUUCAGCAAAAGAAUCAGAUUUGGAUACAGAAAAAAGAAGUGAAAAAAGUGAAAAGGAAGGGUACAGCACAAGAAGGAAUGAUGGAAAAAUCAAAAUUAAUACUACAAAACAUAAAGAAACAGCCAAGUUACCAACUGCAGAACAAGAUAUUCCACAGGCUCUUCACAAAGAAAACAUACUCAAAAGAGGAGAUAAAAAAAACAAUAAUGAGCUAAAUCAGUUAUAGAAGAACUGGUGUUCAUUUACAAAGGGCCUGGCAUGUUUUAUAUAUAUAUAGUUGCCAAAAAUUGACUUGCAAUUACUCUAAGAAGUAUGAACAAUGGAUACUUCUUUAGUGUAGUUUACAUGGAAACUGGACAAAUCUGUCCUGCUUAGCUUUACUAAAAAUUUCAUGAAACUGCUGCAGAAUUAAUGAAACUGCGAAAAUUCACAAAAUGCAUUAAGUCAAUAGGUGUUUUUCACUGCAACUUUUUAAACUCAAAAUGCAUUGGAGUCUAUCUGCAUUUUUUCUUGGUAACUUUUUCCAUGUAAAAUACACUGAAGUAUAAGUGUGUUUUGUCGCCCAUAGACCCCAGUGUCUGCCCAGGUAUGGAUUUUGUGCCAAAAUUUUGCAGCAGUGUAUUAAAAUAUUCACCGAUGAUAAAACAGGAAAUUUUUCCACAAGUCCAUACCUUGUUGUUGCAAGACUAGCAACAACAAACUACAAAGAAUUAGGGUCAUAUGUUAGGGAUGCUAAAUCCCAGCACCUUUUGAAGGAAUCUGUUUUAUCUGUUCAGCCAACCUGAAUCCAAGCCCUUGAGGGAGAAGGAAAGGCAUUUUAAUGCCAAUAGAUUAGUCCCAUUAGUGCCUAGAACGCUACAUUUAUUCUACAGAAACCUUUACCAUACCCUAAAACUGCCAUUUUAGCUUGGUCUCAGUAGCUUCUGUGCUGAAGCUCUAGUCAUUGGUAGCUCUGAUCACACAUUCUGAUGGUAGGGGAAGUGAAUUCUUAUGAAUACUUAUGAGAUGGGGGGGAGCAGAAGUAGGGAGAAAGGAGAGAGGAGGUCAGAUACCCAAGAACAUGUUUACACAAAGAAAUCCUGUGUUUCUUUUGAUAGAGGACUCAGUGCAGCGUUUCUGUGAGUGCUUAUGGCUGUAUUUACAUACAGACCUUUCUGAUAAAGCCUACUUAGUUUUUACUUUUUCUUCUCCUUUAAAGUCAUGUGACUUUACAGCUCUAGACAAUGACCCAUGGCAAUUUUUUGUUCCUAGAUGAUGCAAUUUUGUUUAUUCUUCUCAUCUUUGAAUAUGCAAAUUAGGGUUCUGAUUCAGUGGGAUCUUUUGUGGAAGAUUCGGUAUUCAAAAAAGUACAAAAAUGAUGGAUUUUGUGUCACUUUUUUGUGUCUAUUAUCUAUGGGCAUAUUUACAUGGGAGCAUGCAACAAUGAGAGCAAUUAAAAGGUUGCAACCUUUUUCUGUGACAUUACAAAAUUGCACUAAUUUUCAGUCUGCAUUGAUCCUUAUGGGACUGCAGAAACUUGGUUAUUGGUUUUUGACAUUUAUAAUUACAGGGUAUACGUUCAAUAUACAUAUGGCUUGAGCAGCACAUACAGUAUUUAUUGUUUUACAUGUUAUCAUUGAUAAAUUAGGGAUGUUAGGCAUAUUCAUUUUUGAAUCAUUAUGAUCCUAACAUGGAAUAUUUUUAUACUGAAUGAAGCUAAGUAAAAAAUGUAAUAUAUGUAACUUAAGAUGUGUCUGAUUUAUUCUUCUGUGCUCCAAUAAAUGAGAGAGAAAACCUCA